ACAGUUAGUCGCGCGCCAACGUUGAAAGGAUACGGUGGUCGCGAAACGGAAACGAGGACCCCGAAGUGUAGUAGAAAAGGACACAUCGAUCGAUUUCGCGUUGGUAGACAGAACAGUAGUGUCCUUGUAGAGGUAUCUGUAGAGUAGAAGUCGUGUUGUUUGCUGAGAGAAAACAUACUUAAAUUAAGUUAUCAUGAUUAAGUGAAGAGUGCUCGAUAUGGAUUACUAAUCUCGACGACGGAAAUUGAUCUAAAAGUACAGGGAAAACCACAUCAAACGUAUCACCCAUAUGGGAGCCACAGCGCACCUGUGCUGCUUUGUAGCCCGUUCGGAUAAGGUGUCUCCCGGUGAAUCGGUGCAGCAAUCGACGGCCGCAUCGCCCCAUCGCGAUGACUCCAACGCGUUUGAAAACGAUCGCCACUGCACGGACAUUCUGUUCAUCGCGGUCAAGGCAGCGUUUAUCCUGAUCCUGUUGGUGCUCAUUAUCUACUGCAUGGCGUUCGGAGACAUUUUCCGCAUAAUCAACGGGUACGACGACUGUGCCAACGUGUGCGGCCGUGACAACAAACCGGAUAAGGAUCUGUCAUGCAAGGGCGUCGAUCGUACCGAGCAAAAGUUCCUGCUGGUGGAAUCGUCCGGGAUUUCCGCCGACAUGCACCGGCAGUGUGUGGCCACCUGUGAGGACACCGAGGGAUACAAACCCUUCCUGAACCGUUGCAUCCGCAAGGAGAAUCCCGCCCAGGAGGUGGCCACCCGGACCGGCUUGCGCAACUACUUCCAGGAGGUGUCCGAAGAUCUGGAGUCGUGCUCGGUAGACAUUCUGUGGCUGUGCGUGAUUGCGUUCGUGUUUUCGCUGCUGACGCUGGUGCUGCUGCGGAUUCUUCCCGGGCUGAUCGUGUGGUUGGUCCUGCUGGCGGUGAUCGUCGUCUGCACCGUGGGCACGAUCUGGCUGUGGGUCAAGUGGCACUUUGAGACCGAGCAGAUGUCCAGCGAAGCGGGUGAAGGUGCCAAGGCUCGGGUUAACAACUAUUUGUACUACGCGAUCGCGGCCACGGUGGCGACCUUGAUCGUGUACCUGGUGAUUCUGGUGAUGCGCAAAAGGAUCAAACUGGUGGUGCAGUUGUUCCGGGAGGCUGGCAAGGCCAUCUCGAACAUGCCGUUUCUACUGAUGGAACCAAUACUGACCUUCAUCUCAAUUGCGGCCGUGAUCGUCCUGUACGUGUACUUCACCAUGUGGAUCGAGAGUUCCGGUAUGCUGCGCGUCGAGAACAACCAGAGCGCUCACUACGUCAAGGACACGACAAUGCUGUUCACACGCUGGUACAACCUGCUGGCGUUCUUCUGGUUCUGUCAGUUCAUCAUCGGCUGUCAGCACAUGGUCAUAGCGGGCGCCGUGGCCUGCUGGUUCUUCACGCGCAACAAGUCCCAGCUGGGCAGUCCGAUCUUGCGCGCCUUCGGUAACCUGCUCCGCUAUCACCUGGGAACGGUCGCGUUCGGAUCGUUCGUAAUAGCCGUGGUGCAGUUCCUCCGGGCGACGUUGAAGCUGCUGAUGUACUCCAUCCGCGAGCACCAGAACCGUGUGACGACCUGCAUCUUCGAGUGCUGCCAGUGCUGUUUGCAGUGCUUCGAGAAGUUCCUCCAGUAUCUUACCCGGAACGCGUACAUCGUCACGGCCAUGCACGGCGACUCGUUCUGCACCGCGGGCAAGAACGCCUUCCGGCUCCUCACGAACAACGCACUGCGCGUGUUCGCCAUCAACUCGGUCGGCGACUUCGUCCUCAUCCUGGCCAAGGUGUUCGUAGUGGUCGUAACGUGUCUCGUCGGCAUGGAGCUGAUCCAGAAGAAGCAGGGCCUGCACCACCCGUACGUCCCGAUCAUCCUGGUGGGAAUCUUCGCCUACCUGGUGGCGCACUGCUUCAUGACGGUUUACGAGAUGACGGUGGACACGAUAUUCCUCUGCUUUUGCGAAGACUGCGAGACGAACGAUGGGAUCAGCCGACCCUAUUACAUGUCCCGCGGGUUGAUGGAAUUUGUGCAAAACUCCAAGAAGGCGCUGGCGGUGCACGAUAGCCGCACGGCCAGCACGCUGCGCGAGGGCAAAGCAUGGACGACUGACGAGGGAUCGGGCUCGCGGAAGAAACUCACCAAAGCCAUCUCGGAAACGGUGGACUGAGAGUGCACUCAAUUUGUAAUAGGCAUAAGGAUUUUCUGCGCGUUUUUCGUUUUCUACACAAUUGUGUGCGUGUGAUUUUUCGGAACUGACAUCUUUUUUUAAAUAAAGCAAAAGCACAAUUUUGAGCAAAA